AUGUCCGUUCUAGCUCCAAGCCUGUUACGGUUGCGGUUGGGAAAAGAUCAGUUGUUCAGCGCUGUACGAGUCACCGAAAAAGUGGAAAAUGACGUGACUGUUGUGGCAAUGGAAGAAGUCCCGGAACCACAGCCGCCAUCCAGUUCUCAUUGCGCCCUUUGUACAUGCACCAUUCCUGUUAAAUUGUCAUACAGUGACGUUCUAAUCCUCGAGCAGUUUAUGCGGGAAGAUGGUACUGUUCUUCCGCGCGAACUCACAGGACUAUGUAAGAAGCAGCAACUGCGACUUGAGAGAUGUGUAAUGCAAGCACAUUGGGCCGGAUUAUUCCCAGACAAAACCGUACCCGAUUUCGAUAGGGCAGGAUAUAAACGAUUCAACAGAUACUGGAAUGAUGAUAUGGAUAUGUAUCGAUUAAAAGAAAAGCAGGAACCGGGUACAUGGUACUACAUCAAACGGUAUCCGACAGGAAAUCAACCACUUCUCCCUUCAUAUCGGAUAUUAAUCUUUGUAGUAUUUAUUUUCGGUAGUGUUAAUUCGUCUAUAGAUAUUAAAUCAGUUUCACCUACGACAGUUAUCGAGUUGACGUCAUAUCCAUGUCCUGUAGUUCCCGGUUGCAGUUGCAUUGAACAUGAUGCCUCCAAAGUCGAGUGCGCAGGAAUCGGAGCUGAUUCAAUACCUCUCCUUGAGAAGCAUUAUUCAUCUUUGCAUUCACUGUAUAUAACAAACUGGGAGGAAGACCAUCUCAAACUUGAUGUUUUUUCUCGGUUGGCUGCUCUUGAAAAGUUAUCGGUUAAGGAAAGUGGAAUAAGCUCCGUUUCGCUCUCUUUGAUUCUUGAAUCGAUAUCUCAUCUGAAUCUUGAUAAUAAUGAGUUUGCAGAGUGGGAUCAGUUUUGUAAUAUUACUCGCAAUAUGCCUUCACUUAAAGAGCUCUCACUAAAUAACAAUAAACUUACACAUCUUACACAAUGCAUUAGCGAUUUGUCUGUGAAUACGUUGAGUUUACGCGGGAAUAAGAUAGCUUCCAUUAACUCCACUUUGAAUGAAGGUAUUCGCGAUUUGGAUCUUUCGUGGAAUUCGCUUCACACAGUCACUGAAAUUCACGAUCAAAUGAUAAGUUUAAAUCUAUCUCACAACCCUUUGGCGGAAGCAGAGUUUCCUGUGUUUGCUUCUCUGAAGCGUCUCGAUUUGAGUGAAACGAAGUUUACCAUCGCUCCUCAACUGAGUGCUCCUGUACUAACCGAACUCACAAUGGACUCAUCGAUUGUGGAAAUGAUAAAUUUCAAAACAUGGAUCCUUCCAAACCUCGUCAGGUUAUCGAUGAUCGGUUCAUACAAGUUGAAGUUUGUGAGUGGUCAGCUUCCGGAGACGACAGAAGAGUUCUCAUUGACCAACUCUCAAAUUGUAGCAUUUCCUCAGUCUUUUUUCACCGGAACCUCUCUACAAUUUUUGGACGUGAAAGGUUCCAACUUCGACUGUGACCCAUGCGUCAUGCAGUGGUCGCUUCCAGUUGCUUCCCUAAUGACGAAUCAAACGCAGUGUCCUCCAGCAACCCCUCUCACCAAUUGUACUUUGGGAAUUUCACAGCACGAUCCAGAUAUUGUGAGAGCUGUAAUGGGAGAAUCAGCACUUCUCCCAUGCACUGCCUACGGUACCCCACAACCCAGUAUUGAAUGGUGGUUGUAUCGUCCCAAAACAUUCUUGGGAAUAUUCGAUCCUCGGUCAGCUGAUCAGAUCAACUCGACUCAUGACUGCUGUUCAAUAUUGGGCGGCGGCGCAUUACUUCUUCACAAUGUUAAUCGAUCCAUGAUAGAGCGAUAUGUGUGUGUAGCGCGGCAAGGCUCAAAUUCUGUGCAGAGGAUUGUGCAUUUCAGGUAA